AUGCAAAAGUCAAAUAAGAGGGGAAGUUUCCGUUAUUUCAUAGACUGCAUGCCUAAGGACUCUAUCGUUAGUCUCCGAACAAAUGGUUCAGGUUCACAACUCUCAUCGCAGAAUUCUAAAAAAACACAACUUAGUCCUGCUCAGAGGUUACUCUCAAGUGUUGUUGUUUUGCCUCUUGGUGAAAUAAUCAAACCCCGUGAUAUCAUAUUUUGCACCAUUGUUGCUAAAAUAAGGAUUCUGGUGGCAUCUCCGUUUAGAUGGUGUUACCGUGCCUGCCAUUUGUGUCCUUGCAUUGCACGUGGGGACACUGCUCCAUUUGACAGUGAUGCUAGUCAUUCAACUGAGGCUGAAAUCUUUAGGUAUAAGAUAGAGAUUCAGGCUGGAAUUGAUGAUCCAUUGGAAUCCCCAUUGGCACUUGAUCAGUUGCUGAACUUGGAGAUGGCAUUUAAGGUAAAGUGGCAGCUGCAUUGGAACAACUGCUCUGUCAUGAGGAUCCUUAGGAAUGAGCCUUUUAUCAGGAAGCUUAAGGCUCCAUGGGACAUAGACGAGGAAGUUGUUCUGGUCCCCUUCAUAACAUUUGAUCCUCUGCAGGUAUUUACCCUAUUGCAGUUUUUGGUUGCUCAGAGUGUGGAUGAGGCGAAGACGGGUGCGCCUGAAGAAUAUGUAAAGGAAACGGAUCUCGAGAUCACCUCUAAGCAUAACCCGGAUCCAAUGACGUUUAUCGGUAAGAGAGAGUUUCCAGGGGGUUCAAGUGAAUCAACAACCUCGGAAGGCUUUUGUAAUGGAGAGCUUUCUUUUAACAAGUUUAAGAAGACAAUCAAGCCAGAGAAGAGUGAUUAG